GGCUGAGGAUGAUCCUGCGGGUGGAACUCUCCGCCCCGCCGCCAGGGGGCGCCCGCGGGAGCCCAGCGGGGGCGCGCGCCACGUGGCCAGGGAGACGCGCUGGGCACCGGCGUCGCGGCGAGGCCCUUGGAGGUGUGCUCGCGCCAGUGGUAGGGCUGCGUCGCUGAGGGUCGCAGAGCGGGCUGGGAGAGCACUGCGGCACUGUCCUGCACUCCUGACGCAGCAUGUUGCCCUGGCCGCCUCCGCGGUGGGGCGCAGGCGAGGAGGAGGCGUCUGAGGUGUCAGGCCUCUCUGAGGGCAAUGACCAGGGUGCGGCCUGGAGCUUUGGAGAGGAAACCCCAGGGGAGCCAGGAACACCCCCACAGGACAGCCCGCAGACCCGGGCCCUCAGUGGGUCCUGGACCCGGACAGAACAGCUCCUGCCCUGCCACCGCCAGGACCUCACCCCUGAGCAGUCUCCAGAAUCCCCAGUUCCCCUCUCCUCCCAGAUGAUCUGGGAGGUGGCCCCCUCAAGGAUGACUCUGCUGGCGCCCUGGGACCCCAACUACCAGGCUAAAACAGGAGCUCGGCUGGUGUGGGGGGCCAGCUGUGGGUCAGGUGCCUCCUUCUCAGGCCGGACGCUGUGUCAUCCCUCCUUCUGGCCGCUGUAUGAGGCAGCCUCGGGCGGGGGUGUCAGGCCCAGGACCCCCAGGACCCCUGCAACAGGGCAUCAGAAUGGAGAGCGAGUGCCACAGGAUGCAGGGCUCCCAGUGAUGUGCCGAGAAGAUGUCUUUUUGUCGGACCCUUUGUUGCCCUGUGGGCAGCGUGUUCCCUUGUACCUGUCCGAGGCCCCGCAACAGGUGAGAGCUCUUGAGCUCGCCUCAUUCCAGCCUCCUCCCUGGGGGCCUGGCAGGAAAGCUUCCCUCCUCUCUCCUCAGGUGAUGGGCUCCCUGAAGCUGCUGCUCCCACCCCCGGUCAUGUCCCCCUGGGUCCUCCCCAGCCCCUCUCCACGCUGCUCCACUGCCUGGCUCAGCGGGCCCGAGCUGAUCGCCCUCACUGGCCUCCUGCAGAUGAGCCAGGGGGAGCCGAGACCCAGCUCCUCAGUGGCUCCCACAGCCCCAGCUGGGCCCCCAGAACCCCUGUCUGAUGAGCCAGGCCCCAGUGGUGGCCCUAGCUCUUCUCACUGCACUGACCCCUCUCUCCCACAGACCCCAGACACACAUUGUCCCUAACUCUUCUGGGGGCAAAGUGGGCCCCCGCUGCUCCAGGCAGGUUCUGUUGACAAUAAAACAGUGUUGGUUUGCAAAAAAGACUUCUGUGGCUGAUGGCAGAGUUGGGCAUGGAGGCAGGGAUGGGGUCUCUUCCUCUCCCACUGCAUUGG